ACGUAUGACUUUUUUUUCUAAUUUCUUAAAAAAAAUUUAAAUAAGACGGAUGGUUAAACGCUGGGCAUAAUUGGUUUUUCUGAGAGGGAGUAAUACUUGCGUGUAUCAUCGGACGCUGGUGUACCCUGAGGCAGAGCAACGGGCUACGUGGCACCACCUCCGCCGCUCGCGGGCUUUCCUCCCAUUCGAUCUCAGCCGUCCAUCGCGAGCGUCACCCCGCGAAUGUGAGCACCACCUCGGUCUCCCUAUCCCCUCCUGCGGCCCCACCCCUCUCGCGCUCGCUCCACCUCCGUCCAUGUCGAUGGCGGCCGCAGCUCUCCUCCUCGCUCCCAACCCCGCCGCGCCGGCGGCGGCGAGGCAAGGCCGGUUGCUGCCGCAGGGGAGGAGGCGGCAUCCGCAGGUCCUCGCCUUCCGGGCUCCGCCGCGUCGGCGGCUGCGGCUCGCGGUCUCGGCCCUGCAGGAAACGAAGGAGGGGGAGGCCGAGACGGCCGAGGAGAUCACCGAGAAGUACGGCCUCGAGUUCGGCCUCUGGAAAGUGUUUAGCUCCAAGGAGGAGGGAGGAGGGGAGGGCGGCGAGGGGAAGAAGUCGCGGACCGAGCAGGCGAAGGAGCUCCUGUCCAAGUACGGCGGCGCGUACCUCGCCACCUCGAUCACGCUCUCGCUCAUCUCCUUCACGCUCUGCUACCUCCUCAUCAGCGCCGGCGUCGACGUGCAGGACCUGCUCGGCAAGGUUGGGAUCGCGACGGGCGAGACCGGAGGGAAGGUGGGGACGUUCGCGCUGGCCUACGCCGCGCACAAGGCGGCGUCGCCGAUCAGGUUCCCGCCGACGGUGGCGCUGACGCCGGUGGUGGCCAACUGGAUAGGGAAGAUCAGGAGAGGUGGCGACUGAUCGAUCAAAGUAAGCGCCUGCCUCCAUGCGUGAAUUCGUUUUUAUCCUGGCUCGUUCAUACUUCAUACUGAACCGUGAAAAGUACAUAGUAGUAUCAGUAUAUGCAUCAUGCAUGUAAUCUUAGAUGUUCAAGUAGACGGCAACCAGUAAAUCUGCUGAUAUUUUUGUAAAACACAUGUUGAAACAGUAUCAUGAUCUACUAAUAUAGUGCAUUCCGAAAUAAACUGCAUUCCGAAAUAAACUAUCAGAAAUAAAUGGUAUAUAGAUUAAGACACUCGCAUUACUUAUAAAGGAUUAAGACACUCGUACUAACAGCCAGAAAGAACAUUGGAAAAGCCUUUUUACACUUUCUGUGGCAAAGCUGUAGAUGUAUUCAACAUAGAACAAUAGUUGCUCAUGUAAUGUUACAUCUUAGUAGAAAUAUUUACAGACUGGCCUUACCAAGUAGCUUAAGCUGGGAGAACCUGAGUAAAAGCUCAAGACCUACAAAAAUAGCACAACGCCGCAACGCCUCUAUGUACAGUAACAUCGACCACCAUUGGAACUCAAAUGAUAAGUGGAGCGGUAAGCAAAUACGGAGUACUACUAUGUUUUAAGAUCCAUACCGCCAAUCCAAAAAACAAAAGAAAAAAAGGCUAUCUGACUAUCUCAGUAUGUACAUCUUCACGCUGCUAGCCUGCACUUCCUAUUCUCUGAGAA